AUGCCGCAUGAAGUAAAAUCCACUCAUGCACUGCAUUCUCACUACAAAUAUAAACAUUUGUCGUGGGGAAAAUACGACGAGGAGAAAAAAAGGCCAGAUCUUCGCCUCGACAAUGUAUUCGGCAGUUACCAAGCCGGCGUAUCUCCAGAAGGUAGACUCGAAGUUGGACGAACCUUGUAAUUUUCUUAGAAGCCCUUUGCGCGCAAACUAAUUUAUUCUGGCGUGAAAUAAAGAUUUUAAAGAAAAUGUAUCUGAAAUCUAAUAUACGACAAGAAAAUUUUCGUACUUUCCAGGAGAACGAUAGGCUCGAUUACCAGCCGCUGUUUGGAAAAAUGAGCCCGCACUCAUCAAAGACCGGACCCGGGAGACGGCGGAAAUCGAGUCUAGGACAACGACAUAUAAAUGGGAUUAGGUCGGAUUAGCUGCCCGCGAAGAAAAUAUCUCUGCGUGGGAUUGUACUUCCAGUAAAAAGCCUCUGUCUCCCACCAUGGGGAUUGGGAAGUGCUGGUAAAACUAGACGUCAAGGCUAGAAAUAAACAAAAAACGACAGCAAUAGAGUAAGAGAGAAAGAAAAGUUUUCACCCUGCAUGUGAUCUUGUCAACUAGCGCGAGUUGUAAAACCUAUGCCACUCGUUUCAUGUCGACAAUAUUAGACAACUACGAGAACGGAUAAAUAAGUGCGCAAAUAGUGUGCGCGCGUAAACCGAGGGCAUUUUGGUGGGAAAACGUGGUAGCUGCCGUCAGUCUCCCAAAGGUUUCAGCAAAAAUGCCGCAGUGACAGAAAAAAGUUAGCAAAUGUUAGAAGUUUUAUCACCUUGUGAUCAUGGAAGGUCCUAACUUCGAUAAAAAUUAUUAAAUCGUGUUAGUUUUUCUGGUGAAAGCUUUCCAAAGUGUCUAUUUUCUGAGAUUACGAGAAAAAAAAUUAAGUUAAAUCACCUUCUCGUAGGUCGUGCUCUUCCUCAAAACCAAAGGUAUCUAAUGUAUGUCUUCUAGGUGGCAUUGCCCCAUUUGGUCAGCUCCCAUUACUGGAAAUAACAGAUGAUAGCAGUCCAAAGCCUAUUCUCCUCUGUCAGUCUGUGGCCAUUAUGCGAUACCUGGCAGUUGAAUUUGGUAGGUGCAAAUAGUUAUCGAAUGAGAAGCAACUUUGAAACAUUUAACUAUAAAAAAAAACUCAAAUAAAAGAUGGCUAAAAUCAUUUCAAGAUAAUUUUUCCACGUAAAAAAAAAGCAACAUACUUAGACUUUACAAAUACUUAGUAAAAGAGUAGUUCUUUUCAGUUAAUUAUAACAGUCACAAUUAUGGCGGACGUGACGUCAUUUGACUAGAAACGCUCUAUGGAAGUACCUAUUAAUGGCCUGCACUAUGAAACAGCUCACUAUUCUCUGUUUAAGGUCUGGCACCCGAAAGUAACUUAGAAAAAGCUUUGGCGGAUAUGGUUGUGGAUGCAGUAAUGCAAAUCAGGGCCAAAAUAAGAAAGUGCAGAUUUACGACUGAUGCCACACUUAAGGUACAUUCAAAAUCAUGCUAGUCAUUGUGCUGAACAUUAUGUAUAUAUUUUUUAUCUGCGAGUUAAAGGUCGCCCAAUAUGAGGGAAUUCGGAUUCCGGAAUUCCGAAAAUUUUUGAUUGUGGAAUCAGGAAUCGAGCAAAUAUUUGCUUCAGAAUCCGGAUAUCCUGGAAAAUUUCUGCUUCGGAAUUCGGAAUCCUGGAAAAUUUUUGAACCCAGAAUCCGGAAAUUUUUGCGACUUUGGUCUCCGGAAUACAGCUCAAAGAAUCCGGAAUCCUACUAACGAUUCGAAUCCGGAAUCGGCAAGUUCCAUUGACAAAGUAUUCGGUAGGAAUCCAGUACUUGGAAUCCGAAAUCCAUGGCCUGGAAUCCAGAAUCCAAGACUGUCUCGGAUUCCCAUACAUGGGUUGGUAAAGGGCUCGUCAGCUUUUUGCAACAUUUUCAGUUGUUAUUUCUGCAUCACAAGAAUGACGAUUUCGACAUUGCUGAUCCUAGCAGUACGCAGGACGCAUGUCAUGCAUGAACCUUGUAUAUGGCCCAGCUCGCCCUUCGUAGCUCAGUGGUUAGAACAUCCGACCGGUUCAAUUACUGGCGGGGACUCAUAUUCUUUUUUGUCCCAUGUUUGUGACAUUCGAGCCCUGGGGAACUCCAGAUUUCAAUACUUCAGUAUCAGAUAAGGUUCCUGCAAUGUUGACACACUGUCGACGGUCUAACAGGUAGCUUUUGAAUCACAGUAAUGCACGCAAGAAAACCUCAAAUGGUACUUAAGUUAACAAUUUAAGCUCAAAUAUCCAUAUUUAAAUUUUCCAAGCUGAACUCCUUACAUUUCCUUAGGGAUUAGUUGAGAUUAUUUGAUAAGCAUUUUUUCUCAGGUGAUCAUUUCAUAAAUUCUCGAAACCAUUUGGACAUUGUUAGGAGAAAAUUGAUGUUGGUCAAUACUGGGACUUAAAGGGUUAAGCUACGGUAAAAUGGGCGAAACAAACUGGCAACUUGUUUUGAAACAUUGCUGCAAAACUAGUUGGAAAGCGACACUGCGCGUUUCACCACCUAAGUUCAAACCUGUUUUGUAACAAAUCAGUGUGUUGUAAGUUGCCUGAAUACUGACUCUGAGUGGAUAAUGAUGGGAGUUACUUGCUGCAAAACAAGUUUGCCUUGGGCCGGGAAAACCGGCAACAUGUGCAGAUUUUGUUGGAAAAAAUUUAACUUUUGUUUAGAUUCUGCAACAACUUGAUUUGUCGCAAGACUGGCUUAAUUCGAGGGUAGUAAAACGCCCAAUAUCGCUAUUCAACUCGUUUUACAGCAAGGUUACAAAACAAGUUGCACUUUUUGUUGCUCGUUUUACUGUACCAAAAGCUUUUUAUGGCUCUUGACCCUAUCUCACACUUUAUAUGGAAAAACAACACUGCCGGAAGUCAUAGCAAACUUUCUCUCCCCAUUCUCCUAUUUCGUGGACUCCUACACUAGAAGCUGAUUCAGUUCACAGGCUGAUUAUUCUCCAAUAGUUAAUUAAAGAUGUGAAGCCUGAGGUUUGCCGAAAUAAGACAUCAUUUUUUACACCAAGGGGAAUAAAAUGUACAUGGAAUUUUCUUUCAGGAAAAAUUACUAAAAGAAUUUCAAGGAGCUCUGCCUAAUGAUCUCAAGAACCUUGAAAAGAUUUUACAAGGCAAUAGUGGUGGAAAGGGGUAUUUUGUUGGCAAAGAGGUAUGUACUGCCCAUUUUUUUUUCAGAUUAUUUGCUCAAGGCAGUCCUGAGAUAAGGGCGGGGCCCCGUCUCAAAAAAACAUUUUUUCGGCCUCAUUUUGGUCUAAAAAUAAGGGGGGAGCCGGGCUCCCCGGGCCCCUUUCCUAGAUCCGCCACUGCAAGGUUUCUUUACCCGCAUUAAGACAGAAUCCAUCAGGAAAUAUAGUAAUUUUAAUUUUCGUUGGACAAAAACCUUGUACCAGAAUAAUUUAAAGAAUAUUGCAUUCUUUUUCACAUUUUUCAGGGGUUAGGGAUGUAAUUAGUUAUCUGCAAUAACACCAAAGAAAAUUUCUUACGGGAGCCCGAGAGAUAAUUGACAAAAUGACAUCUUACACAUAAAAUUUUCAAAAUUUUACCUGCGUUUUCAAACUUAGCCAAAAGCAAAUUUCAACCAAAUGUCCAAAUUUCAUAUUGUGAAAUUUUGAAUGACUAAUAGCAUCAUAUUUAAAAAUAGGCAGAGAGCUUUCAUUUGAAUGGUCACAUCAUAGGAUUUCGUCCACAGACUCAAAAAUUAGAAACACCUUACAAAACUCUAUCAAGCACUCUAGCAGUGAAAGAGUUGAAAGUAGCAUUUUUUUUCUUUCCAGCUUAGCUGUGCAGACAUUUCUUUCUUUGACUUUAUGAACAGCUGGGUUGCAAAAGACAAGAUCAACGGUUACCCAACCGAAUUGGAAGAUUUUCCUCUGCUACGAGGGCUUUACGAACGCGUCCGAGACAUACCAGCAGUUAAGCAACGUCUAAAGACCAGGCCAGAUACAGCUCUGUAAAAGAGUGGAAUACUACCGUAUUUAUUCGAAUAAGCGCCCAACC